UCUCCCCUGAAGUUUGUCGGGGGAUCCGAUCUCGAGUGCCGGGAACCUGCCGUUCCCCCCCCCCCGGAGCUCGCGGGAGCUCACCGCGACUCACCGGCUCGCGGUUCCCCGCUUCAUUUUUACCGUUGGUUUCGGGCGACAAAUUUUGGAGAAAAAAAAGUGCAACUUCCUGGUCCGGGUUUAGGGCACUGACAGCUGUCAAUUCCGGGAGAAACCAGACCCAAGAUUCCGGGACCCUACCCCUGGACAAACAAACCCACCUCCCGGGUGCUCCAGGGUGGGAUGCGGAUGGUGGGCUUGGGCAGGACUUUGAAUCAGUUGAGUUGGGAUUAAAACGAAUUGUAGCAGAUUUACACCGAGAUUGUGAUAGAUUGACACCGUGAUUGCGGAAAGAAUUACACGCAGGGAUUUUAGCAGAUUUCCACAAAGAUUACGUCCAGAGUCGAGGUGUGAUCUGAAAAUGAAGUUCCGGGUUUAUAAACGGAAGAUCCUAAUCUUGGCAUUGGUUGUUUGUCUGCUUUUGUUGCUGAUUUGGAAUCGGUUGCAUUGGGAUACGAGGGAAGUUAACACUCGUUUCGAUGCAGCUUUGAUGGUAGAAGAGAAAGAAAGUGGGACUCCCAAAUCCUCUCAGGAGCUCGAGUCUUUACCCUACAACAACCCCUUGGAGCUGAGAAAUGCCGUCUAUCAAAAUAACUUGCAAUUAACAGUGCUAAACAGGGAGAAGUUCCACCAGCAGCCAGAGUUGGUGCUGGUGGUGCAAGUCCAAGGUGGGACGUCUAACCUCCGGAUUCUGAUCGAGUCGCUGCAGCAGAGCCCGGACAUAGACCGAGUGCUGCUCAUCUUCAGCCUGGAGCAGCUAUCCCACGAUAUUACUCACCUCAUCCAGAGGGUCGACUUCUGCCAGGUGCUCCAGAUCUUCUUCCCCUACAGCCUGCAGCUAUAUCCUUUGGAAUUCCCUGGUCAGGACCCACAGGACUGCCCCAGAGAUAUUUCCAAAGAGGAGGCGCUCAAGAGAAGGUGCAAAAAUGCAGAUUAUCCUGACUCUUUUGGACACUACCGGGAAGCGCAGUUUACCCAGUCCAAGCACCACUGGGCGUGGAAGCUGCACUUCGUAUGGGACCAUGUCCUGGUCAACACCAACUAUACUGGACCAGUCUUCUUCAUAGAGGAAAACAACUUCCUGCUCCCAGACUUCUACCAUCUUUCCAAGUUAAUGACUGACCUACAGAAACAGAAAUAUCCCGAUUGUCACAUACUGAGCCUGGGCAGCCAUGAGCCAGCUGAGCUGGACUCAGAUGUAGCCAGGAAAGUGGACAUCAUGGGCUGGACAGCCACCAAACAUAAAAUGGGUAUUGGCCUAAGCAGAGAGGUGUACAACAGUAUCAUGCAGUGCCUGAGUGCAUUCUGCACCUAUGAUGACUACAACUGGGACUGGACAGUGCAGCACAUCUCUGCCCAGUGUCUGUCUCGGCCGCUCAAGGUAAUGGUGCCCAGGUUAGCUCGCAUCUACAAUAUUAUGGACUGUGGUGCCAAAGAGUGUGACCUGGGUACCAAGGAAAAGAACAUGCGGAGAGUACUGGAGUCUGCCCGCAGGAGCUUGUUCCCCACUUCUCUAAGCAUUGGGCUCAGCCAAAUCGCUGUCCCUCAGAGGCCUCACACUAAAAACGGGGGCUGGGGUGAUGUGCGGGACCACAGCCUGUGUCAGAGCUAUUCCAAGCUGUAGACAGCGCAGGAGAAAACAAUUCGAGGAAAGAGCCUGAGCAAUAGCCAUGGCUUUCCCUCUUCUAAUGUGUUAAAGUUGUUUGAGGGGUGGUGUUUUAAUGUGGUGCCAAAGAAUGGGGUUUAAGGGGAGUACUACAAUAUUUGCUAUGAUGCCAUGUGGUAGUGUUUACUUUCCAUAUUCAGUGAGUGGAAGCAGUAGUCAAUGAUCAGGUUGGGUGAGUUGGUGGCGGGGUUGAGGGUCACUGCCUAGGUUGGGUGGGUCCGUACCUGGGUUGGGGUCUGAGCCUGGGUUGGGUGGGUCAAUGGCGGGUUUGCGUGGGUUGGCGGCUGAGUUGAGGGUUGGUAGCCAGGUUGGGG